UUGUUGUUCUUGUUGUUGUUGUUGUUGUUUGGUCGAUUUGUUCGCACUUUUAGGCCGCAGCAAGCGAAAGACCCGAAACGAUGACAGCAAGCAAGAUCGCCUUCGCUCAGCUCCUACCAAUGAUGCUGCUGCUGCUGCUUGUUGUUGGUGUGAUAAAUCACAUCCCGUUGGCGCAAGCAGCGAAUGCUUGUGGCACGGGCGGCGUGUGCGUUUGUACGGGAGUGGCGGUCGAUUGCAGCUCCAAAUCGCUCACGGCCAUCCCAAGCGCAAUCCCAGCCAGCACACAACACCUGAAUUUGUUCAACAACCACAUCGCCAGCGUUUCUGCGAGUGCAUUCGCAGGCCUGACUUCGCUGACCUACCUAUCUCUGGAAAGCAACGCAAUCACCAGCAUUCCCGACACGGCAUUCGCAGACCUGACUGCGCUGAAUUGGUUACUAAUGACAAGCAACUUUCUCACCAGCCUUUCUGCAAGUACAUUUGCCGGCCUAACUGCGGUAACAGUAUUGUCUCUGUUCCAAAACGAGCUCACCAGCAUUCCCUCAAACUUAUUCACCGAUCUUACUGCGCUGAGGCAAUUGAAUCUGGGCUACAACGAUCUCACCAGUCUUCCCCUUUCUGCAUUCACUGGGCUGACUGCACUGAAUAUCUUAUCUCUGCAUCGGAAUCAAAUCACCACCGUUCCUGCCAACAUGUUCCCAGGCCUUAGUGCACUGAAGGAAUUAUAUCUGCACCAAAACCAGAUCACCAGCGUUUCUGCAAACGCAUUCACAGGCCUGAACACGCUGACUUCCUUGUACUUGGGGAACAAUCCCUUCACCACUUUGCCGCCCGGUCUGUUCAAGGGCCUUUCCAAUAGCUUGUUUUUGUCGGAUUCAUCCCAAUCACUAAGCCCCAACAGCUUUACUGUCGCUCCGCCCGGCACAUACGGCACAGCAACCAAUCCAACCAAGUGUGAUACAGCGUGUGCGACCUGCUAUGGCGCGGGGUCCGGUGCGUGUUGCUUUACCAAUUGCCUGUUUUGCACGUCGUCCGCCGUGUGCUCUCAGUGCUAUGAUGGAUACGUUAUGAUGGACAGCUACUGCCUCGCAUCCGCUGCCACCAACGCAACGAUCGCCUCCGUCGCUUCAGUCGCGUCCAUCGCCUCUACCUCGGUUGCAUCGGUUGCAUCCAUCGCCUCUACCUCUGUUGCUUCAGCUGCGUCAGCCGCGACAAUGGCAUCGAUCGCCUCGGCCGUUUCAGCCGCGUCCUCGCAAUCUGCCUUGGCUGCCUCGGCUGCCUCGACCAGAUCUGCAUCAGUUGCGUCGCGUGUUUCCGCCACGUCUGUACUGUGGGCGACGUAUGCUUCCAGAGCUAGUGCUUCCUCAGUAUCGCAGGCAUCCGCAUCUGUCGCUUCCGGUGUCUCCGCUAGCUCGGCAUCCUUUGCUUCCAUUGUUACUGCAUCUUCUGCCUCGCAAGCGUCUGCAUCUGUCGCAUCUGCUGUCUCUGCUACCUCAGCGCUCUCGGCCUCGUUUGCUUCCAUCGCUACUGCAUCUUUCGCGUCCAUUGCCUCACAGGCGUCCGCAUCUGUCGCUUCGGACGUUUCUGCUACUUCGGCGCGCUCGGCCUCUGCUGCGUCAACUGCAUCGGCAUCAGUCGCAUCUGUUGCAUCAACCGCAUCGGCAUCUGCUGCAUCCGUAGCAUCCUCUAUUGCAAAUCGUGGCGGUGGCGGCUCCGACGACUCAUCUUCAUCGUCAGUCAUUAUCAUCGCCGCUGUUGUGGCGGCUCUUGCAGUUAUUGUCAUACUUGCCCUGGUAUUCAUCGUGUUGCGGCGCCGACGCACCCAGGGUUCAAUCAGGCGACCGAAGGACUCUACUGGUCCCAUUCACGAGGAGGCUAUUGAAAUGACAAUCUCUCCUCUGAACCAUUCGACUCGAUCUCAGAGAGAGGAGGAGAUUUCAGCGUAUGCCGUGGUCGGUCAAAAACAGCCAGAACCGUUGUACCAGGCUAUCUCGACAACUGCCACAGAGGUGGUCUACGACUAUGCGAGCGCAUAUGUUGCCGGUAGCAACUCUCGUCGUGUUCGUGAUGGCUUGACGAUCGUGAAGCACCUUGCCAGUGGCAACUUUGGCGAUGUGGCGCUGGGUCAACUGCCGUUCAGCGUGUUGCCCCCGCGAGCUCAAAACUUGCUCGGACCCACGACGUCCGAAACCGUGCAAGUUGCAGUCAAGUCUCUCAAGUCCAACGCAGAUGAGAAGUCCAGCAAGGACUUUGAAAGCGAGGCGAAAUUGAUGGCUCCGUUUGUGCAUCCGAAUGUCGUGCGCUUGCUUGCGGCUCUAGUAGAGUCCGAGCCGCAUCUCGUUCUGUUGGAGUUUGUGCAGUACGGCGACCUGCGUACACUGCUGCAAAAGUCCAAGCUCCACUCGCUUUGGUGGACACACAAUGAGCAGAUCCACGCCAUUCGUCAGAUUGCACUCGGCAUGGAGUACCUGGGCACGCUCCACUUUGUGCAUCGCGAUCUCGCUGCGCGCAACUGCCUCGUGGGCCAAGGAAUGGUGGUCAAGAUUGCCGAUUUCGGACUCUCUCGUGAACUCGCCUCCGAGAACGAUUACUAUCGCAUGCAAACGCGUGGCAAGCUUCCUGUGAAGUGGAUGGCACCGGAAACAAUGACCUUCCGCAAGUUCUCUACCAUGUCCGAUGUGUGGUCGUUUGGUGUGACUGCCUGGGAAUGCUCCACCUACGGCGCGCCGCCAUACGGCAAGAUGGAUGGGCGAGAUACUCUGGCUCAUGUGGAGGCCGGAGGUCGACUACCCAAGCCGGAGCAAUGCUCGGCUGACCUUUAUAACUUGAUGAUGAGCUGCUGGGACAUGUCGCCCGAAAAACGCCCGACCUUUGCUCAGCUUGUCAAAGCCCUGGCAGCGCUUCAAGAUGGGACGACGACCCGCGAAAUUGGUGCAAUGCUGUAAAACCGGUCCACUUGCAGCAAAUUGUCAUUUUAUCCUCGUGUGGCAACGCGACCCAAGCUUGGGCCCAUGCCGCUCGGAAUGGAAAUGAUCGCGUUGUUGUGCUUGUUGGUCGUGACAGUAUUUGUCUGUGUCCGAUGUUCUGAGCUCUGCAGCAGUUUGCGUGGCUCUUCUUCUUCUUCUUCUUCUUCUUCUUCUUCUUCUUCUUCUUCUUCUUCUUCUUCUUCUUCUUCUUCUUCUUCUUCUUCUUCUUCUUCUUCUUGUUGUUGUUGUUUUCUUGCUGUCGGUGAUGGUAUUGGUGUUGUUGCUGCUGGAGUAGCAAUCUCGAAAAGUCUUUGCAAAACAUUGAGCAAAAC